AUGCCAUCGAUACAGUGCGAUGGUGUUGCGGUUGCCGUGUGGUUUCAAAAUCGGCGAGCGAAAUGGCGCAAAAAAGAAAAAACCAUGGGACGUGACCCGAGUUAUAUGCAUGUUGGUCAAGAUAUGAACGAUUUGCCUCUUGCUCCACCAUUGAUGCACAAUCCAUCUACUCCAACUGCAGGAUUUCCAUGGUACAUGCCAUCUGUAUUUUCACCUUGGAUGUCACCGGCAAAUACUUCGAAAAUACCAGCACCUCUUCAAGCUGCACUACUGUCUCAAUACAUGGGAUUGUCAUCCUUAAAUUCUCUUCUUCCUGUUGGUUUCAACUCAACCGGUGUACUAGGCCAUUCACAGCUUCAGCACCAGCCCCAGCAGCAACCGCAACAUCAACGUGAUCAGCUGAAUUCACAGCUUCAGCAAAUUCAUCCGCUGCUUUUGGAUGUGCAGAACAUUCCGCAAAAUUUAAGUUCCAAACAUGAUCGCGAUGAUGAUUCAACAUCAUCCGAGGAUGAAAUAAGAAGGCAGAAUAUGACCGAUUUGUCACUUGAUCCUCCGGUGGUGCAUAAUCCAUCUACUCCAUCUACAGGAUUUCCAUGGUACAUGCCAUCUGUAUUUUCACCUUGGAUGUCACCGGCAAAUACUUCGAAAAUACCAGUACCUCUUCAAGCUGCACUACUGUCUCAAUACAUGGGAUUGUCAUCCUUAAAUUCCCUUCUUCUUGUUGGUUUCAACUUAACCAGUGUACUAAGCCAUUUACAGCUUCAGCCCCAGCCCCAGCAGCUACCGCAACAUCAACGUGAUCAGCUAAAUUCAAAGCUUCAGCAAAUUCAUCCGCUGCUUUUGGAUGUGCAGAACAUUCCGCAAAAUUUAAGUUCCAAACAUGAUCGUGAUGAUGAUUCAACAUCAUCCGAGGAUGAAAUAAGAAGGCAGAGUGCUGAAGUAUUCAGGGUUAAAGCCGAAGAA